GUGUAUCGCGUGGAUCCUGGGAGAAGAGAAUCAUACCGGACUGGAUUGGAGGGGAAGGGCAGUAGUGGGGUGCAGCCGUCUGACCUAUCAGGCAGAGGCAAAGGCAGGGACUGGUCUUCGUAGCCGAUCGACCAUACCAUCAUCAAUCAUCGUUCUUUCCUUGUAACUUAAUUACUUCUUCUUCCUUUGUCCCCUCCCUUCCUAGGGUUCUUGACGCAAAAAGCUCCUCGUUAGAUUGACUGAUUAAUUAAUAGUUCCGAGUAUGCAACAAUGAGGACAAGUGUCGAUCAUUGUCUUCUUCUGUCUCUGUACCUGUAUCUGGUCGCCCUGUUGUUGACCACUCAGCUGAGCUCAGUGUCGUCCUGGAAAAGGGACGAGUUCAGGAACUGCAACCAAACCCCAUUCUGCAAGCGCGCUCGAUCCCGCAAACCCGGUUCUUGCUCUCUCGUCGCCACCCAUGUCUCCGUCGCUGACGGCGAUCUUACCGCCAAGCUUGUCGAUCCCCGCCAAGACCCAUCACCACCCAACCCUUUGAUUCUCACUCUCUCUGCCUACCAAGAUGGCGUAUUGCGCCUCAAGAUCGACGAAGACCAGGCUCUUGAUCCGCCCAAAAAACGCUUUCAAGUCCCCGAUGUGAUUGUUCCCGAGUUUGAAGAGAGCAGGAAGAUCUGGCUGCAGCGGCUCUCCGAGGAGGUCAUUGAUGGCGGUCCGGGUCUUUCCUCCGUUGUGUACUUGUCCGACGGAUAUGAGGCAGUUCUUCGGCAUGAUCCCUUCGAGGUCUACGUUCGAGGGGAGGGGGGAAAGCGUGUGAUCUCGUUGAAUUCACAUGGACUGUUCGAUUUUGAGCAGCUGAGGGUCAAAAAUGAAGAGGAAGAUUGGGAGGAGAGGUUUAGAGGCCACACUGAUACGAGGAUCUAUGGCCCCCAAUCGAUUAGCUUUGAUGUGUCAUUUUAUGGGGCUGAUUUUGUUUAUGGAAUUCCCGAACAUGCCACCAGUCUUUCUCUCAAGCCAACCAGGGGCCCUGGCGUUGAAGAAUCUGAACCAUAUAGGCUAUUCAAUUUAGAUGUCUUCGAGUAUGUACAUGAUUCACCAUUUGGAAUUUAUGGCUCCAUUCCUUUCAUGAUUUCACACGGUAAAGCUAGGGGAACUUCAGGGUUUUUCUGGUUGAAUGCUGCUGAAAUGCAGAUUGAUGUUCUUGGCUCUGGUUGGAAUGCCGAGUCCUCUAUUGCACUGCCCUCAGAUCAACACCGGAUUGAUACUAUGUGGAUGACUGAGGCUGGCAUUGUUGACGCAUUCUUUUUCGUGGGUCCUGGGCCAAAGGAUCUUGUUCGGCAGUAUACUAGUGUGACAGGAACUCCGGCAAUGCCACAGUUUUUUGCAACAGCUUAUCACCAAUGUAGGUGGAACUACAGGGAUGAGGAGGAUGUUCAGCAUGUUGAUUCAAAAUUUGAUGAAUAUGAUAUUCCCUAUGAUGUUUUGUGGCUUGAUAUUGAGCACACAGAUGGAAAGAAAUAUUUCACAUGGGAUAGUGUGCUCUUUCCUAACCCAGAAGAAAUGCAGAAGAAGUUGGCUGCAAAGGGUAGGCGCAUGGUCACUAUUGUGGACCCUCAUAUUAAGAGGGAUGAGUCCCAUCCCUUGCACAAGGAGGCCACCCAAAAGGGUUAUUAUGUUAAGGAUGCAACUGGCAAAGAUUAUGAUGGGUGGUGCUGGCCUGGUUCCUCAUCCUAUCCAGAUAUGUUAAACCCAGAGAUCAGGUCAUGGUGGGCUGAGAAAUUCUCGUAUCAGAAUUAUGUUGGUUCAACUCCUUACUUGUACAUUUGGAAUGACAUGAAUGAACCUUCUGUUUUUAAUGGUCCUGAGGUGACAAUGCCCAGAGAUGCUUUACAUUAUGGAGGUGUUGAACACCGAGAACUGCAUAAUGCUUAUGGAUAUUACUUUCACAUGUCUACUAGUGAUGGCCUUAUCAAGCGUGAGGAGGGGAAGGACAGGCCUUUUGUUCUGUCCAGAGCACUCUUUGCUGGAACCCAAAGGCAUGGAGCAGUUUGGACAGGAGAUAACACGGCUGAGUGGGAGCACCUUAGGGUUUCAGUUCCUAUGAUUCUGACUCUUGGUCUUACUGGAAUAGCGUUCUCUGGUGCGGAUGUUGGUGGGUUCUUUGGCAAUCCUGAGACAGAAUUGUUAGUCCGUUGGUAUCAGCUAGGUGCUUACUAUCCUUUCUUUAGAGGUCAUGCUCAUCAUGACACCAAAAGACGAGAACCAUGGUUAUUUGGAGAGCGAAACACAGAACUUAUGAAAGAAGCUAUACACAUGCGAUACAUGUUACUCCCAUAUUUCUACACAUUAUUCAGAGAAGCAAACACAACUGGUGCUCCAGUAAUGCGCCCUCUCUGGAUGGAGUUCCCUGCUGAUGAAGCCACUUUCAGUAAUGAUGAAGCUUUCAUGGUUGGAAGCGGUCUUCUGGUGCAAGGAAUUUUUUCCAAGGGAGCAAAGCAUGUUUCAGUAUACUUGCCCAGUGGACAAUCAUGGUAUUACCUGGGUUCUGGGACUGCAUACAAGGGAGGUACAACACAUAAGAUGGAGAUUUCAGAAGAGAGUGUUCCUGUCUUUCAAAGGUCUGGAACCAUCAUACCAAGAAAAGACAGGUUUCGUCGAAGCUCAAGUCAGAUGACAAAUGAUCCUUACACACUGGUGAUAGCUCUUAAUAGCACACAAGAAGCUGAAGGUGAACUCUAUGUGGACGAUGGGAAGAGCUUUGAAUUUGCACAAGGAGCCUACAUACAUCGGCGAUUUGUGUUCUCUAAGGGGAAGCUCACAUCUUCAAACAUGGCACCUCCUUCUACCCCGCGCAAGCUUAGAUUUUCCUCAGAAUGCGUUAUCGAGAGGAUCAUACUGCUAGGCUGGUCUGCUGAACGAAAAGCAGCUGCACUGAUUGAGCCAGCAAACCAGAAGGUCGAGAUUGAACUUGGGCCGCUUUACCUUGGAAGACGACGCAGCCCGAGUGUCGUUACCAUCCGUAAACCCGACGUUGGUAUUGAAGAUGAUUGGACAAUUAAAAUUUUAUGAGAGAAUUUGUGAUGAUUGAUGCUAUUUGCUACCACUGAUUAGGGAGGGAAGGAGGGCUUGGGCAUAUGCAAUAGGUGAGAGAUUGACAGGGAUAUCUACUAUCAAUCCUGGUACCAGUCAGUUGGUCCUUGAAUUUUGUCAGGACUAUUAUAUCAAUAAAAAUGGUUGGUUGGUUCACUGAAAAUGUAAUGCGUGAUCUGGGAGACUGUACGUAGGUAGGUAGGUAGCAUAACAGUUUAUUUUUGAUUCAAUUAACAUUUUGCAAUGCUUCAUUAAUCGUGGGUAGGCAAAUC